CAAAAUGCAAAAGUAAAUAAAUAAAUGCUUGUUUUCAACCUUUUGAAAGUUAUAUUGUUGCAAACAUAAGUAUUUUAUAUAUAGUGUUCUAAUUAAGAUCAAGAUGUCAAAAGCUUUGCCCACUAAAAAGAAGACUGUGAGCAGAAGUUCAAGUGAUUCCAGUUCAGGCUCUUCUUCGGAUAGCUCCAGUUCCAGCUCUUCAUCAAGUGGCUCUGACUCUUCGUCCUCCAGUGAUAGUGAGAGCUCCUCAUCUCAAGAGUCUAGUGGCAAGCAGUCUGGGAAUGAGGCUAACAAGAAAACAGUAUCUAUACAGAAGGCAAUUCAACGUAAAAGUAUUGAUAUUAAAGAAAAACAAGUUCAGGGUAAAGUGAGUAACCAAAAACCUCCACCUAAGGUGCUUAAGCAGAUCAGCAAAAGUUCAACAGAGGAUGAGGAUGCUAAAGCAAAAGCUAAUAUCAAGAAGAAGCUGCCCAUAAAACCGAAGAGUGUUGCAACUGUUACACCAAAAACAGUAUUGGCUAAAGGAUCUGUCACAAAUAAACAAAUUCCAAUUAACCCUGGUGGAGGUAAAGUGCCUCCAAAAUCAAAUCCAGCAGCAAAAAGUCAACAUAACAAAGCAAAUAAGCCUAAAGUACAAUCAAAGCCCAGCUCCAAAGUGGACCCUAAUAAAAAAAAGAGUAUAUUUUCACCUGAGAAUUCAUCAGAUUCUGAUAACAAUGAAAAGAAUAAAGCUAUCAAGAACGUUGCGCCAAAGCCGCGUGCAAAGGCUAUUCCUAAAACGUUGGAGAAGUUGAAACCUAAGCAAAAAGUGGAAUCAAAGCCACAGUCCAAGGAAAUAAUUAGCACCAGCUCUGGCUCUUGCACCUCAGAUUCGUCCAGCAGUUCAGACAGCGAGAGCAGCACGGAAUCAUCAACGGCGACCAAGAAAGCAACCAAAAAACCUGAAUCCGAUUCCAGCAAACAGAUUACACGAAAGUCGACGCGCACAGCAAACACCCGGAAAUCUAAGCACGUUUUGGGGAAGAGUGUGUACACAGACACGGAUUCAGACACGGAGAGUACAAAGAGAUCUCUUAGUAGAUCACCUGUGAAAAGGGCUCCGGUUACAUCCUCGAGCAAAGGUAAAGCGAAGAAGAAAAACGAUUCAAAGUCGCGACCCAAUGAGAUUGUGCCCAUCUCCGAGGAGCGCAAAUGCCCGAUUGAGGGAUGCCACAGUAAUGGCCAUUUGGCUGGAAGACAGGAUAAGCAUUUUACCAUAGAUGCAUGUCCUGUAUUCCACAACAGCGAUGCCAACGCGUGUCGGGAGAGUUUGCUGGAUAGGAAGAAGCGAGAGGAGAUCAGGAAGGCCAAAAAGACAAGUGGAUCCAUGGAGCAAAAAGCAUACCUGCAGAAGAUCAAGGAUAAUAGACUGAAAUAUAAAAACGAUUUGCUGAUGGGCAACGACCAAGAGAGCAGCUGCAACACGAAGAUGGCGAUCAAUAAAAACCGCGAGCCAAAUCUAGAGAAUUUCGUGCCCGAAUACGAUCUGAAAUUGUUCAGGGACGCGCAAGCACUCGCCAGCGAGAAGAUAGAAGACGACUUGAAGACGCAACCUAAUACGAAAGGUACAAAGUAUAUAGAAAUGGGUAAAUUCGAAAUGGAGGUUUGGUAUCAGAGUCCAUAUCCAGAGGAGUACGCCAGGCUUCCGAAGCUGUACAUUUGCGAAUACUGUUUGCGAUACAUGCGCGGCCGGACGGUGCUGCAGAGGCACGCUGCCAAGUGCGUCUGGAGGCAUCCGCCCGGUGAAGAAGUCUACCGGAAGGAUAAGAUCAGCGUCUGGGAGGUGGACGGCAAACGGUACAAACAGUACUGCCAGAAUCUUUGCUUACUCGCCAAAUUUUUCCUCGACCACAAAACGCUGUACUACGACGUCGAGCCAUUCCUUUUCUACGUUAUGACCAUGCUAGAUAACGAGGGUUGUCACACAGUAGGAUACUUCAGUAAGGAAAAGAAUUCGUUUUUGAAUUACAACGUGUCCUGCAUUCUGACGUUACCACCAUACCAGAGGCAAGGAUACGGCAGGCUUUUGAUUGACUUCAGCUAUCUCCUGACCAGGGUCGAAGGAAAAAUAGGAUCUCCAGAGAAACCACUCAGCGAUCUGGGUCUGAUUUCCUACCGAUCGUACUGGAAGGACGUGCUGCUGGGUUACCUCUGCUCGAGGGCCGGCACUGAACUCUCCGUAAAGGACAUCAGCCAGGAGAUGGCCAUUCACUCGACGGACAUCGUAUCUACUCUUCAGGCUCUCGGCAUGAUGAAGUACUGGAAAGGCAAACACAUCAUACUCAAGAAGCAGGACGUGCUAGACGAAUACGUGGAUCGUGUCAAAAAGCGUGGAUCCCUGCUGAAGGAGGUCGAUCCUGCGUUCCUGCGGUGGACGCCCUUCGUGCCUCCUCAGCCGAAUCCCAGUUAGUGCACGCCACCCUUCUCCGACUGACAAUUUAUUUAUAUGUGACCUUUUGCGGUGACAAUCGAACAAUCCUGUUUUAUGUAAGAUAUCUUAUUAUUACCAUUAUUAUUACUAUAAUAUUGGGAAUCGCGUUGUUGUUGAUUAAUAUAUAAUUAGCGAAAGAAAAAGAAACUGAAACGGUGUUAUACAUAUUCUUCUUUUCGGUUCGUUUUUAGGGUUUGCGAUCGUUGAUUAGGGAGUAUGUGUCUCAAAUUAUAGGGAUCGACGUAAGCAGCAGGUGAGUUGAGGUCACACCUGCGGUGCAAAAAUCGGUCGUUUCGAAAGGAAGGAAAACGUUUUUCGUCGCCGGCGCAGAAAAAGAUGUGUCGGCUUUGCUGCAGCAGUCAUUAAAAUAUGGCGCGCAUACAUAUUUAUAUGCGUUCUUGGAAUCACCGUUCCAUCUCCCAUCCAAGUGUUUGCAGAGGUUUCCUUUCUUUCCAUCUACGGACUCGCUGACGUCGACAUUGAACGCGGUCCGACCUUGAAGUUGCUCGAGGGAGCCGGCUAUAUUUGUCGGCUCCGACCUACGGGGACGACACUUCCUUCACUACUUGGAAGGCAAGGUCCAAUUCAUUUCGGGAUCACCGGGGGAAGGAAAAGGACAGCUUUAACUGCAGAUGUAAAGAUGCAUCUCCGGUUUGCUGGUGCACGAGACACCGCGCGCGCUAGCAAAUGGAAAUUAUUAUUAGCAAUAAAACCGCGGUGUAAAUCUGCCUGCUGCAUGGAGACGACGACCGAGGAGCGGUGGAUGGAAAUGUGGUCAAAAGCGACCUUCGGUCAGUUCGUUCGUUCUUUGGUUUGUUCGCAUCAAAGGCAGCAGAGCGAAGUCUAGACUAUUAAUGAUUUAUACGUCGGCUCUUGUGUUAUCUUUCUCUUUCGCACACUCUCGCACACAAACACACACAUGCACUCAGGCAAAGCACACAUGAACACUCAAGUCCUUCUCUCACUUCUCUCCUCCUGCUGCUUAAUAAGAUGCAGAAUUUCGUCGUUGUAAUUGCAAAAAGUUUCUUCGUUUUUUGCUUUCGAUGAUGUUGUAUUAUAUUAUCUGCAAAAUAGGUGAUGACGGAGACGCAUGCUUGGCUCGAGUCUGACGGCCGCAGCGCACGACAGCGCGAAGGUCGUGGAGGCGGCAGCGGCGGCGCCUCAACAUCAAUAACGGCAAUCGAUGUAGGCCGGCCACUCGCAAUUAAAUUCGUUAAUUCCGGAAGGGAUCCGACGUUUCCGGUGUUAAUUUCGGGGCCCAGGCGAGCGAUGAGAAAGCUUUAAUUAGCAGCAGAUCAUUUAUAAAGCGAUGGAGAUGGAGCGAGGUCGUGCGAGAUCAAAAGGAAAAACAAUAGAGAGUCGGAGAGGAAAGGAGGAACAUAGUUAAUUAAAUAUAUUAAUAAUGAGCGUAAUAAUUGGGUAGUUGGAAAUAUUAGCAGGCAUAUGAUCCGGUGCAUGACGACGACGACGGUGGCAGCGGCGGCGGAGUUCGUCGACUCCGGGGCUCUCUCUCGUCUGCGACGGCUUCGACUGGCGGCGACCAACUAACCUUCGCAUGUUACCAUGCGACCGAAAACGUAUUCCGUUCCGUUCUCUCGCUUCCUUCGACGAGAAGAAGCCACCCUCGAAUUUGUGCAGAAACCGAUAAAUUAUCUGCAGUGCGUGGGUGUGCAACGAGAUGCUGCCGUUGGUCGUUGAUGCUGAUGCAGCUCAUGUGGGCAGAUCAAGCCGUGGGCGACUGACGUCGCACAGCCCUGACACACAUCGCCGCAUGGUUUUACCAAAGACUCCCUGUUUGUUUCCACCCCCGGUUAUUAUGUGCGAAAAUAUCUCUUAACAUCAUCAUCAUGGGCAGCAGAGGCGAGGACGACACGUGCUGCACUCCUAGAAAUCGAUUGAAUGCAAAUGCAAACGCACUCCAUCGUGACUUUAAAUCAAUUUUCCCAUGGUUACCUAAAACAUAACCAACUUUGUUUUUUUUUGGAUUUUCAUCGUCUCCUUUUUUUGCAUACAAUAACUAUACAUUUUCAGGUAAACAUUCCAAUCAUCUGCACCAUAUGUUGUCCGAACCUUUUCAACCGAUAUCAUUAGAUAACCAUUCUACUUCCAUCUUGACACAUGUCAAAGAAGAGUUAAUAGAGGUACUUAUUCUCCCAAUGGUUACCAUAAGGGUUGAAGAAUAUAUUGGAAUGGUUUCAUUCUUAGUCGUGUAUGCGGCACAAAAUGGUUUAAAAGUAACGAAGUUAAAAAAAUGUUGGACAAAUUACACUUUGUGUGCCUGUUGUGCAUAUAAUUACCAAAAUAACAAUACUAAUAAGAAAGAAAACUUCCUUAUAAAUAGACAUACAAUUAAAAUCAGUUUUAAAUUGAAUUUCUUUUUAUCUCAACUUUCAAACUAAAUACUCCACCUAAAUAUCAAUAUUUAGAAAACGGCGAGCAUGCAUAUAAUAAGGAGGCUGCAAAAGAAAAUUAACCUUUCUGUAGGAUGUAGGUCAAACGAUUUUUAUGCACAUAAUUAAGUUUUCAAAUUGCUUUUUCACUUCAAACUACAAUCGUCUGUGUAUUUCUUUCUCUUUCAGUGCUUUCCCGUUAAUUUAAUAGAAAAAUAAAUUGGGUUUGGCGUCCACGUUUUCAUAUCAUUUUUCCACGACCUUCGCAGUUUCCUUUGCUCCUUUCCUUAUUGUUUCAUAAACGGCGUCUCAAUAUUUGGAAUUGGUGUAAAACUCGUAAAUCAAUAUUUGCGAAAAAAAAAUAUGUUCGUUCAGUUGUAAAGUUUUCCAUUCAGACGGUAUAACGUACUUUUCGUUAUCCACGUUCGCAACAAAAAUAAAUGCAUUGUUGACGACUUUGUGGAAACAAUGAAUCAUUGCGAUUUUUAUUUUGUUUUUUGUAUUUGAUUCGUGUCACUAUGGAAUCUCCUGAUUUGAUCGACGUUUGACUUGUAAGUGAUUAGUAUCUUCAAUCCGUUGGUUCUAUGGUGAAGAUGGACGUAUGAGUAUGUAUGUAAUAAAGAAAAGCGGUGGAUAGAUGUAAUUUUAUGAUUUUAAAUUGUAAAUGUGUGGAAGUCUAGACUUGGGGGGAGGCCAGGUCUCGUCCGAGUAAAGUACGGGAGGAGAAAAUGAGGUGAGGCAGGUGAGGUGCAUGUGUGUGAGAUAGAUGUACGUACGAAUAAUCCUAAGUCGACGAUCGCUGAGUUGGAACUAAUGCGAUUCCCCAGCAAAAUUAGCGGCCUCGAAAUUAAUAAGGAACGCUUCGACUUCCGCAGAAAACGCUGUACGAAAUCGCACAUUCGAAAAGUUGUUAUUCAUGAUACGUGUCGUCGUCAUCAUCAUCUUCUUCGUUCGGUACUUUCGGGGAGGUCGCUGUAGCCUCUCCGCAACUUUGCAGAAUGCAUGCAUAUACACACACACACAUCUACCCAAAGCCAUUCGAGGAUGGGACAGGUGGCCGGGUCGGCCUUUCCUACCUACUCUAAACCCAUACCCAUUUCGGAUCUACCUGAAAUGAGAGACGAACAACAAAAACAGGUCUGCGUUGUCCGCUCGCUCGCCCCAAAAAUUUCAACAGGAGGAAAUUCCAAGCGGAUUUCUUCCCAAAAGCAAAAGAAAACAACCGGCGACAGAAUAAGAGAGACGAACUGAGAGUCCUAGGAUGGAUGGAGAGGAGAGGAUGAGAAGAGGACUGUAUUUUCGCAUCAGCAAUAAAUAUUUUCGUGUGUGCGCUGCAGUUACUUAGCUUUGUUUCGCCGAAUUUAUUUAUAUUAUUAGCGCCACACACUCAAACUCUUACACACAUACAGAGACAUACACAUUAGCAAAGCGUAAUCGUCUAGACGCAGCGACUGGUAGCGCGACUCGGCUUGAGAGUCUUAAAAAUACCCACUGGCAACCGACAAUUAGAUGACGAAGGAUGUUUUUCGACGACACGAACCGGAAAAUUCGCGAGAAACACCCAUUCCGAUCAAUUUCGGGACACCUCCUGAAUCAUAGACAUAGACGCAUACACACACUCAUACUUCCAACUACCAUUAACAUUACUCAUUAACAAUAACGUUCAUCGUUCGUCCAUAUUUUGUGAGCAAUAUGUGGAAUAAUUAGCGAUCGCUAAUUGACAAUGCAAUUGGCUCCAAUUUUAAUGAGGAUCAAGGACUCUGCGCUCAUCCGUUUUCAGCGUUCGCGGAAUGCGGGCCGCCAUCGUUUUUCGGCCGCAAUAAAAUCGCCAUAACAAAAUAACUUUACGGAAUACCUGAAAUUAAAGCCCGCUCCUCUUUGUUGUUCUCUUUCGUCCUCCUCCUCAUCCUCUUCUUCUCUCUUUUGUUAUGUCGAUGGCAAACCGAAAGGAAGGGGCACGACGCAUCAUAAAGUUUGACAUAAAAUUGAAACCUAAUAUUUUUAUUGGGCAUCCCUUUUGCCGGAUAAUUGACUUGAAGCUUUAUUUUCUGUCUUUCGUUGCCACAAAAAA